UCUUAAGUUUGUGUCAGAUGCAGUGAAAUAAUUCAAGGCGGCGCAAGCUCGUGAAGUUUACAACUAACAAAAUGAAUGCGAAUCAUGAAGAGCCACCGGUACUUCUAUCGAAAAACACCAAAAGGACCUUACUCAUGCGAAACGCCAUCAACCAAGAGACUCUUAAGAAACAGUCUCGUCUCUUAGAGAAAGAGAAAAGUUCAGAGGAAAGGUUAUUUCUAAAAAAAAAGGAACAUCUUUUACAACGUCAGGUGACAAGGGGCUUAGAAACCAGUCAAAGUCGACCUUCUUCUUCUCGCAGCUUAAACUUGGAGAACUCAGUCACGAAAUGGAAAAAGGCAACAGCUUUGUCUAAAGAAUGUUCUCAAUCUCAUUUGCCGAAAAAAAUAGAGGUCAAUCUAACACCUAUGUCUUCUGGGAAGUUGGAAAACGCGCUGAACAAAUGGAAAAACGUAACCGCUUCAGCAAGAGAAUCAACUCAAUCUCCUAAGCCAAGGAGGAAAGAAAUUGUUGGAAAUAACCGACAAAGGCGUUUGCUUUCCUCACUCUCUUUGCAGUCCGAUGAGGACGAAAUAGAGGCAGUUCCUCUCAGGUCUAGAAGUAAAACAUUCUCAACUUUUAGUUCUACAGUUCCUCUUCCUGACAUACACGCCACGUCCAACGGAAUAACAGGACUGAAAAAAUGCAAUGACACACAGCUGCCAGAUAGUUUGGAAAUUUGUCAAGAAGAUGAUUGGAAACCUUUGAGAGAGUGUCGAUAUUUGCGCACGAGUUCAGGAGAGGAAGAGCUCUGUGGUAUUUAGAAUCAACGCUUAACUACAGAAUAGAGUAAGAAUUGAAAAAGAAACAUCCAUACAACAAAAUUGAGCAUAUUGAAUUCACCAUGGAUUUAGCUUUGGUCAGUUGAUAAAACAUCAAUGCCAGUCUGACUAUUUCAGAAAGAAUCAAAUGAGUCAUAAUUUCAGUUCUUAAUGUGCUAAAUAUUGAACUCCAUGUUUUUGACAAUCAAUAUCAGGUAACUAGUCAUAGAAGGGAGACUUUUAAAUAUCUAUUCCUUCUAGAAAGUGAAUUGAGAUUCUUUGGCUCGCGUGAGUUGUUCAUGGAGCUCCAAGUUUGUCCUUUUUGUACGUAAGAACAAUAUAUUUUUAAUCAAUUAAUGCUAAUGGUGAUUCGUCUCCUAACGAGCUAAGAAACACUCCAAGAGGUCUGGUUGGGGAGGCAAAAGUUUAAUGACGAUCAUUUGUCUCAAACGAUUGAAUUUUAUAUUGUUGAAUAACACAAUUGCUUUGUUUGUCAGAGAAUGGAACGAUAUUAAUCCACUGGCUUUACAUGCAAAUUUGAACGACUUCUAUCGGUCAAUUAAUCGGCCAGGUCUUUCUCUAAAUCGAAAAUUUGGGAAAUAAUAAUCCGCCCUUAAACUUUAGUUCUAGUGACUGAAAUUUUUCUCUCCGUUACCCACGCAUUUAGAUAGAUAGAUAGUUUAUUGAAAUAUCAUAUUGCAGCCCAAAGGCUAAGUUGCUUAUUAUUUUAUAAUACAUACAGAUAAAAUUACUAUAGUACAGGUUAUGUGAAUGUGAAAGCGAUCUUCGCAGUAAUGAAUACUACUUGAGCAGUAGUGAAAAUAAGGCCUGAAAAAAAAUUCAGGUCUGUAUGGGAUUUGAACCCAUGACCUCUGCGAUACCGGUGCGCGCUCUACUAGCUUAGUUAACAUGCCAACUGGGAGCUCCCACUUGGCUUGUUAAGUUAGGUUAGGUUGAUCUCCCAAGCUAAGAAUCGUAAUAUUCAAGAACAGGUCUUACAACUGAGCGAUAAAAAUUGACAACGUAGUAAGGGUUUAAACCCGCUCUUUAAGAAGAACCAAGAGGCAUAAUCUCUUACUGGACAGAGUCGCUCCUAAAACCUUAGCGGAGUUGACAAUAGAGAGUUCCUUCCCAUCAACGAUGACAGGCUCGAACGCGUGCCUGUUCUUCUUAAAGUCGAUGUUCAUGACUUGACACUUGUCGGCAUUCAAGGUCAUCUUGUGCUCGCA